AGCUCUCUUCAUCUUGUAGCUCUUCAAUAGCAGAGCCACUACAUUCACGUCCUGGUGACUGAAUACAUACCAAGCAACAACCACAGUCUAGCCUUACGGGUAUAUUCGUACCCUAAUCCAUUUCAGGUUACUCGCAGAUCUAUCAAAUCAUGCUCCCCAUUACCGAAUUCCAGUUUGCGUUCUGUGGGAUCGCGACCUUUGCGGCCACCUUCGGCUACGCAUGUGCUCGUAGAGCCUCCUCCCUGGGCGCUCAACCAAGGCACGUCGAUGUCGAACCCGAGGAGAAGUCUCUCAAGCGUAAGCUCGAUGAAUCUGAUGCCGAAUCCGAGGAAGAACAGGAGAGACCCGUCAAAAGGAGCAGAACACCUCCCAACGACCACGAGGAGGAAGAGUGGGAAGUUGUCAUCCCACCUCCUUCAUAUCAAGAGGCCCAGAAUGCGGCACCCCAUCCUGAACCAGCUGUUCAACAAGAAGUGUCCACAGUUGCUCAAGUUGGGGCCGCGCAAGUCGAAGAAGUCGCUGCAAGCGCUAAUGAGCCCGCUCCAGAAGCACACACUCCACCGGCUACCAUUGUUAACGAAAAUGCUCAGUCGGCCGAACCACAAACCGAGGAGGUUGAGUCACAACAUAAGCAGAGUCCCGAGAAUCAGUCUCAAUCAGUGAGGACCAAUGAGCCCAGUGAGCCCCGCCCCGUUACACCGCCACCACUGUCGGCUCCCAAACCAGUUACUCCUGGUCCGAAUGUCACUGCAUUCUCAUCUUUCGCAAACACCAAAUCCCCCUUCACCAAGUAUUCCAACACUCCCUUCCCGUCAUCUACGUCGGCGUUCACACCUGCUUGGCGAUGCGGCGAAUCUCGUACCCGAAACUUUCCCGUUGAUAACGCACCUGUGCUGUGUCCGAACGAUAAUGCGAUCUCGCCGUCUCCAAAUGAAGUUGCUGAGACGUCUUCGGCCGGUGCUCUAGGUGACCGUGCACAGGCAUCCACAUCAUCAAAAGUAUCAUCACUCGUAACCGGUGAAGAAGACGAAUCCGUAUCUUCCGAGCUCAAAGGUGUCAAAAUCUUCAUAAAGCGCGGACGCAAAGAAUUCACAAAUGGUAACUUUGGACAUAUCAAAGUCCUGACGCAUGACGAACGAACGCGCUUGUUAUUCAGACGGGACCCCUUGGGCCAGGUGUCGAUGAACGUAGCCUUGCGGUCUGCAGUGCGGUGCCAUUAUGAUGCAGGUGAAAGUAUUCUCCGAGUCGUGCUGAUGGAGCAGGUCGCUGCUGAGGGGAAGGAACCGAAAGAUGAGGUUGUGAUCUAUGCCCUCAAGCCGGGGCGUGCACCGAAGGCCGAUUUCAAGGCCUUUGCUGAAACGCUCUGCGCAAACGAGUCUCUCAAAGUGGCAUCAUAAUCCCUCCUUCCCCUUGGAGGUCAUGGCAGAUGUCAUGUGCCAUGCCGCAAGACGCUGGACGUCUUCAUUAGGACGCAAUAUGCGUUCGGGCAGUAAGUUGUAUGACAGUAUGUCGACAACUUCGCCGCAUGUGCAAAAUGGGUUUGGUUGGUGAAAGACCUCGGCACGUCCAGACCACUGAACAGUUAUGGAUAUCCCGACACUGUAUAUUGAAUACACACUAAAGAUUGUACGAAUUUUUGCUCGUGUUGCGAACACAACACGUAUUCUAGGCAAGUUUGUACGUCUACUCUAUAGAAUCAUGACUCCAGUGCUAAGUUGUCGGAGACUCGAGAAGAUCACAACUACGACAUAGUCAGAAUAGUGGC